AUAUUAUAAAUUGGCAAAUUAAACAUUUUGCUUCCAUUCUUUUAUUUCCUUUUCUCUGAUUUCUGUUGAAUGUUGACUUUUCUUUUCAAAUCCUAAGUGUAAAUUGUCAUCAAACACCCAGCACGUAGUAAAGUAAUUUAAAUGUAAUUUUUGUUUCUAUUUCUUUGUUAAUUGUGCUUUUUGCUUUCAAUAAAAAUAAACCAAAAACCUCCUCUUAAUCUUUUGUUAUGUGUUUUGUGAUUGUCUAAUUCCCCAAAUUCUUAAUUACUUUUGUGGAGUCUAUGUACGAAAGAAGAUUCAUACUAAUGAUUGAAAUUGUGAUUGUUGUUUAAAAAUAAUAUCGUAAAAUUAUUGUGGAACUAAAAGUCAUCAAACUAAUGCUGUGAGAAAUUUUAAUUGCCAUGAGUAGAGACGAAAACUUAUUCUGGUUCCAUGGGAAGAUAUCAAGAGAACGUGCCGAGGAAAUCCUCAAAGAAGAAAAUCGGGAAGAUGGAGCUUUUCUUGUACGAGAAAGUAACACUGCUCUAGGAGACUUUGUACUAUCGGUCUUGUAUAAUGGUGAAGUUUGUCACUAUCAAAUUCGAAGGCAUGGCGAAGAUGCAUUCUUUUCAAUUGAUGAUAAAAUCAAAAUCAUGCACGGUUUGGAAUCGCUAGUGGAUUAUUAUAGAGAAGCAGCAAAUGGCCUUGUGACCAAACUAACUCAGUUGGUAAAGAAAGAUCUGCCACCAAAUGAUUCGAGGAGCCAUGGCACCACAAACCUUUUACAUCGUGCAACACAGAAAACAAAUCAGACUGUAGUUUCGGAAUUGCUCAAGUGUGGAUAUCGAAAUGUCGAUGCUAAGAAUCAGGAUGGCCAGACUGCAGUUCACUUAGCUGCACUCUAUAGCAACGAAGAGAUCUUAAAGCUGUUGCUAAAUGCCAAUGUUAAUGUGAAUUGUAUGGACAGUGCUGGCAAUACUCCAUUGCAUUACGCUUGUCGAACAAAAUCUGCGUCCUUUAUAAGAACCUUGAUUGCAGCCAAAGCGAACAUCCAAGUACGCAAUAUCAGCACCGGUUAUGUUCCGCUACACGAUGCAGCAAGUCAUGGAAAUUUGGAUGCUGUAAAAGAAUUGAUAGCAGCUCAUGCACCUCAUUUGCCUCGCACAGAGUCUGGCGAAUUUCCCAUUGAUUUGGCAAAAGAAAUGAAUCGAACCGAAGUCGUGGAAUUCUUAGCCAACUAUAAACCCCCACCAGCUAGCACUUUCAAACACCAAUGGUAUCAUGGAACACUGGAACGACAAGAAGCCAUAAAAGUAUUGCUAGAAUAUGCUGCAAACUUUGAUGGAAGUAACGAUAAUCAUAGGAAAGACCAAGACGAGCCAACAUCAAGUAACACAGAACGCAAUGAGCAUGACUCAGAAGUAUCAGAUGUCGCGGUUCCAAAGGACAAAUCGGGAAUAUUUUUAAUUCGAAGUUCAGUUCGUAAUGGUUAUGUUCUGACAAUGUUGUGCCAAAAUAAUACUCCUAAGCAUUUUCUUAUUCAACAAUCGCAAAACUGCUUGUAUAUCGACGAAGGACCCCUUUUGCCUUCUCUUGAACACUUGGUUGAGCAUUUUAGUUUAUUUUCUGAUGGAUUACCGGUAAACCUUAAGCACCCAGUUCCACCUAAGCCUAAACCUCCCCUGCCACUAUUCUCCACAAUGCCCAAAGCUAUGACAAAAAAACACAACAUGCAACAACAACUUUCCCUAGGUUCACAAAAUGUCAGCCAUCCCGGCGAUGAAGCCAUGAAUCGUGUUGGACUUUUUGAAAACGACGAUUGCAUUAUGUUAGGGGCAAGUCCAAAAAAGCCCAAAGACAAGCGGGACAUGCUGAUUUUCCGAAGUCUUAAACCGGCCAAAAGAAACGUCAUAAUCGAUGGAAUGAAAAGUUUGCGGAAAGUUAAAAUUCGCUCACCAUCGAAAGCAGACAAGGAAAAACUGGAUAAGGAGUCAAAGAAGAAAAUUAACAUUGUGGAUGACUUACAAAAAGCUGGAUCGAUAAUGAACAAUUUAUCCUUCUCAACGGACUUUCUUCAUUCACCAAUUGGAUCUCCAGACGUGGCACCAAAGCCACCUAAUGAUUCUCUCUAUAAUGUACCCAAAAAUAAUUCGGUUGUGGCAGAGGUGGGGUCGGAGUUGGAUGCGCAGCAGCCUGCUCACGAGGUUCCAUUGGGGAAUGUGGAUUCAAAGACUGAAGAAGAAGUUGAAUAUUUUACGAAAAAUGACGUACUCAUCGAUCGUGAACGUGGAGAAGAGGAUAGUGAUUAUUUUGUUGAUGGACCUCCUCCGCCAAUAAACAUGAAGACUUUUCCACUUUUGAAUUCUGAAGGAUACAUCCCAACGCAGGAUAUUCGAAAAUUCAUAGAUCUCUCGUCAUCUUCUGAAGAAACAACGAAACUCCUAGAAGAAUCCGCCGCUGAGUUGCGAGAAUUUUCAAAGCAUCCCGAACGAUUGGAUUCGGUUAUGUCGACGACAAGCAAUGACAGUGAAUUAAACGGUUUGCUCAAUCGUCAAAUAAGUUCAGCAUCUGGAAUGUCUGAAAAUAGUCGAGCUAAAUUAAACUAUUUCAUACCAAAAGACUGCUUAGAACUCGAACAUAUCAUUGGCGAAGGAGAAUUUGGUUCGGUGUAUAAAGGUUACUUGAUAAGAAAAGAUCCCAAUUCCAAAGUCGAUGUUCGCUGUCAAGUUGCAAUAAAAACACUCCGAGAUGAACAAUGUCGUAGUAACAAGCAAGAAUUUUUACGUGAAGCAUCGGUUAUGAUAAGACUAAAGCAUCAUUGUAUUGUUCAGUUGAUUGGCAUUUCGAAGGGAAAAAGUUUGAUGAUGGUGCAGGAAAUGGUGCCAUUGGGAUCAAUGUUGCAUUUUAUCAUUGAAAAUGGCCCUAAGAUCAAUCCCAAUUGUGAAUUGAAGAUAUGGGCAUCACAAAUUGCUUGCGGUAUGAAUUACCUCGAAUCGCAACAUUUUGUCCAUAGGGAUUUGGCUGCUAGAAACAUUUUGCUUGCAUCAAGAAAUCAAGCUAAAAUAAGCGACUUUGGACUCUCACGAGCAAUGGGUAAGGACAAAGAUUGUUAUCAAGCAACUCAAGGUGGAAAGUGGCCAAUAAAAUGGUACGCUCCUGAAAGCUACAACAAUGGUUAUUUUUCACAUGCUAGUGAUGUUUGGUCCUUUGGGGUUACGCUGUGGGAAAUGUUCUCGUUUGGAGAUCCACCCUAUGGCGAUAUAAGAGGAGUGGAUGCAAUUGAAUUAAUAGAAAGUGGCCAACGUCUACAAAAACCACCCAAAUGUCCUGAUAAUGUUUAUAAAAUUAUGGAGAAUUGUUGGAAUUACAAGCCUAAAGAUCGUCCAACAUUUCGUUAUUUAACCGACUUCUUUGCAAAAGAUCCAGAUUAUCAGAAUCUUGUAGAGUUAAUCAAAUCAACGCACAUAAGUUAAGAAAAAAAAUGUGUUUAUUUGUUUGUUUGUGCAAUAGUUUUAUUUUGUUUGUUUUUGUUUUAUCUGUAUAUGCCAUUGUGGUAUUAAUUGGCGCAUAAGUAUUUUGUGUUUUGUGCCAAAUUUUAUUUUUAAAUAUUAUUUAUAAAAUAAAUGUUUUAUUUUUUUAUACAGUUUAACUAAAACAAUCAUUCUCAUUCCGCAAUUAAAUUCUGGAAAAACAUUAGCUAUUUAGUUUAUUAUUUUUAUUUUAUUUUUUCAACUUAUAUAAAUUUGGUGCUAAGCCGAUUCGAAAUAAAAAUAUAUGUAUUUUUUUCUAAGCACUGGGUUUGUUGAAAAAAUAAGAAAUUUGUUAUUUAUAUAUGCAUGCAUUUUUUAAGAUAGCACUCGAUUAAUGGUUUUUUAUUUGUUUUGUAAUUUUAUAAAUGCCAUAUUUACAAAUCGAAAAAGUGCCUUAUUUGUUUUAUGUAAACGGGACGCACAAAAAAGCCAUGUCAAUUUUAUAUGGCAUAACUAGAUUUUAUAAAAUGUAUUUUUUAAGAAUUUAUACAAGCUGUAUAUAAUUUAUAAGAAACGACAAAUACAAAUACAUAAUGUGUGUAAGAACA